UCGGAAUAACCCAUCUGAAAUUUCUACGUCGGAGGAAGAAGAUGAAGAGUGAGCCUGUCAUGGAGAACAGAGAAGGAAGUAGAAAGCGGAAGAGGGGUGGUCGUUGCAGACGUAAAAGUGAUAAACCUUCUCAUCUAACCAAAGAAACUUCUGAAGCUCACCGAAGCAAUGGUCCUCAAAAAAAAGAGGAUUCUUCUAAGCUCAAAACAUCACAGAAAGCCUCCAAGUCCUUGAGUUUUCUCGAUAAAAUGAAAGCGCGGUUGGCAGGUGGGCAUUUCAGAAUGCUUAACGAAAAGCUCUAUACUUGCACUGGAAAGGAGGCACUUGAAUACUUCAAAGAAGACCCAGAAUUGUUUGAUAUGUAUCAUGCAGGGUACCAAGAGCAAAUGUCACAUUGGCCUGAGCUACCAGUUAAUAUAAUUAUAAAGUGGUUGAAAGAUCACGGAUCUUCUAUGGUUGUUGCUGAUUUUGGGUGUGGGGAUGCUCGCCUUGCAAAACAUGUGAAGAACAAAGUCUUCUCCUUUGAUCUUGUCUCAAACGAUCCAUCAGUCGUUGCUUGUGACAUGUCAAAUACACCUCUUGAUUCUGAAUCCGUAGAUGUUGCUGUCUUUUGCCUUUCGCUUAUGGGAACCAACUUUUCAAGUUACCUGCAGGAGGCAUACAGAGUUCUCAAGCCAUGUGGGUGGCUUUUGAUAGCAGAAGUAAAAAGCAGGUUUGAUCCAACUAGCGGAGGAGCCGACCCCAACAACUUUACCAAAGCCAUUUGCGAGCUGGGAUUUUCUUCGGUGUCAAAGGUAUGUUCAUGUUACUACCAGAAUCAAGUUUUGCACAAAUUGAUACUAGCAUUGAUGCUGACAGAUUCUUUUCUCAUUCAGGACUUCUCUAACAAGAUGUUCAUUUUAUUCUACUUCAAGAAAAAAGAAGAGCUAAAUUCGAAGAAGAAAAAGAAAAAAGAUAUUGAAUGGCCUGAGCUCAAGCCUUGUUUGUACAAGCGCCGGUAAGACAACAGUAAAAGAGUUAAAACUUUCGUACUCUUUGGUUGUUACUUUGAUAGUUAUGUAACAUAAUACCUCAGUGCUAAAGCUUCUCUAACAGUAUAGUUUGGUAUGAAUAUUCAUUUCUGGUCCAUUACGUUUUAGAAUUUUUGUAUGAUUCUUUUAUUUAUAGGUGUGAAAAUUCAAAAUACCUCUAAUUAAGUAAAAUUAUUAUCUUUAGAUUUCA